AGGAGGAGGUACACGGCGGUGAAAGCCUCCGCUCACACACACACACUCCACGGCUGUAGUUGAGCGAGGUCUUCGCGGUGGAGGUGGAGGAAGUGAAGGGAGCGGUGAGUCGCUCAGCUUCGUCGCUCUGUCGCUCGGUGUCGUGUCGGUGAGUCGUCGCGUCGCGUCGUCCUCUCGUCGCUGCCAUGUCGGACUUUCUGGAGACUCUGCUCGGGGAGCGGCUCGUCGACAGCGAGAAAGCCGAGGUGGACGUGCAGUCUCUGGGCGCCAGGCUGUCGCUGGUCGGGCUGUUCUUCGGCUGCAGCCUGAACGCGCCGUGUAAGCAGUUCAACGGCAGCCUGUGUGAGUUCUACAGCAGGUUCAAGAAGAGCUCCGAGCACAAGGACAAGCUGGAGAUCGUCUUCGUGUCCUCAGACCAGGACCAGAAACACUGGCAGGACUUUCUGCACGAGAUGCCGUGGCCCGCGUUACCUUUCAAAGACAGACACAAAAAGAUGAAGCUGUGGAACAAGUACAAGAUCACCAGUAUUCCAUCUCUGGUGUUUGUGGACGCGGCUACAGGGAAGGUGGUUUGUCGAAACGGUCUGCUGGUGGUCAGAGAUGAUCCCAAAGGUCUGGAGUUUCCCUGGGGUCCAAAGCCGUUUGCAGAGGUUGUGUCGGGGCCGCUGCUCAGGAACAACAGACAGACGACAGACAGCAGUUCUCUGGAUGGACACUAUGUGGGAGUGUAUUUCUCUGCUCACUGGUGUCCUCCGUGUCGCAGUCUCACUCGGGUCUUGGUGGAAUCAUAUCGAAUCAUCAAAGAGUCGGGUCAUAAAUUUGAGAUUGUGUUCGUCAGCGCUGACAGGUCAGAGGAGUCGUUUCAGCAGUAUUUCAGUGAGAUGCCGUGGUUGGCCAUCCCAUAUUCAGACGAAGCUCGCAGGUCACGACUCAACAGACUCUACGGGAUUCAAGGUAUCCCCACACUGAUCCUGCUGGACGCGGAGGGUCACGUGAUCACCCGGCAGGGUCGCGUGGAGGUCCUGAACGACCCGGAGUGCCUGCUCUUCCCCUGGCAUCCUCGACCCGUGCUGGAGCUGAGCGAGUCCAACGCCGCGCAGCUGCACGAGGGGCCCUGCCUGGUCCUGUUUGUGGAUGCUGAAGAGGAGAGAGAACUGGACCCGGCCAAGGAGCUGAUUCAGCCAAUAGCAGAGAAGCUCAUGGCCAAGUACAAAGCCAAGGAGGAGGAGACGCCGCUGCUGUUCUUUGUGGCUGGAGAGGACGACAUGAGCGACUCGCUGCGCGACUACACGAACCUCCCCGAGGCGGCUCCUCUGCUCACCAUCCUCGACAUGUCGGCGCGAGCUAAGUACGUCCGCGACGUGGAGGAGAUCACGCCGGCCGUGGUGGAGCUGUUCGUCAACGACUUCCUGGCCGAGAAGCUCAAACCAGAGCCCAUUUAAAGACACGGGACAUGUUUAAACCUGGGACUCCACCAUCAUCAUCAUCAUCCUCGUCGUCACUGUCACGCCCCCUUUGCUCCGCCCACCUUGCCGUCUCUCUGUCUCCUCCCUCUCAGAGAGACUUUUUACAGACAUUUUAGCGUUUCUCUCUCUCUCUCUCUCUCCUGUGGUGCCUUGCAUUGACUUCAGUCCCGACAGUAAUUAAUAUAUAUAUUAUAUGAAGAUUCUGCUUUUGUUUUCACUCGAUAGCAUUUUUAAUGACACCUUGGACCUAUCCUUCACACCGUCAUCGGCUUCUUUUUCUCUGCGUGUUUCGUCUGCGAGAUCCUCGUCGUUUUUCUUUCUUUUUCUUUGUGUUUUGUUUCUUUUGUUUUUUUUAAAGCUGUAAUUCACGCGUAAACGUUAGUGCACACGUGCUGAACCUCGGUCACAUGUAGCCGUUAGCCGUUAAAAACAGAGUUAAUUAAAAGUGUUAAAGGUUCACGAACCAGAGCAAAGAUCACGUUUUAUUCUCUUUAACAGAACGUGUGUGUGUGUGUGUGUGUGUGUGUGAGUGUGUGUCGCCACUCGUUCUCGGUGCUUCUCAUCUCAAGAAUCAUCAGGAGGAUUUUCUGUGAACGUCCUCUGAUGAAAAGAUCGUUGUUGUUUUUGGUGUUUUUUUCUCGCGAGGACACAAACACACAAACACACAAACAAACAGACGAUGGCGUCGAGAAAGUGUUGAAUGUAAAAAUCCUUUUGUUCUGUUUCUUCUCACAUCCAAUUAAAAAUUCACUGGUGAGCACAAA